UAGUAAAUUAUGUGAAAAUAAUUGUUGACUUGCCAAACAAUUAAUAAACUUGCAGCUUUCAGGCCAUUUGUCCUUGAACAAAGACAGGAAUAUUGUCGAUUUCAAGUUCAUGUGUGUUUUAUUGAUCAUAAAUUUUAACUUGGCGCCAUGUGACGUCACGAAAUGUCCUUGGCUUAAAGAGGAUAGAACUCUUGAUGGUCUAUCCUCUUUAUGGGAAUUUACGCGAUGUCCAAAAAGUUCCAAAAAGACGUAAACAAACAAGUGUCAAGUGAUUGUGUCAAGAAUAAAUCAAACGUGUCAAAAACUGACGAGGAUAUCGCACUAGAGCUGACGGUUGGUUCUGCAAAUGUCAAACGAUGGCAUCUUCUCAAGGCUUCUUUUUCCUGUGAAACUAACGAAAACUUUGCCACUACUUUGCUGGAUUUGGCACAAGAGUACUUAAAUCGUAAUCCUUGUAAAGAUAAGGAGGAAGAUGGGAGUUUCAAGAAAGGAGAUAAGGAGCAAAUUAGUAAGAAUAAACGAAAAAAGACUGAGACGAAAAAGGAAAAGAAUAAAGUGAAUUUAAUUCCUGUUACACAAAAUACUACAACUUUAAAAAAUGUGACCAAACAACCUGUUCUCCUUCAUGCUGAUAUUAUAACUCAACCAAUAUGUGAUAAAAUUGAUCCAACAAAUGAUUUAAAUUUGCAUAAAAAAGAAACAGAGUGUAAGUCUAGUGAGAAAAGUGUAGUAGAAAAAGAGGAAAAAAUAAAAAAGAAGAAAACUUCAACCAACCUUGAUAAACCAACAAAAAAAGAAAAAUCAACAGAAUCAAAGAAGAAAUUCGAUCAUGACAUAAGGAAAGCUCCAGAACUAGAUUUACAAAAUGACAAUAAACUGGAAUCUCAAAAACCAGAGCAGGAACUUAGCAGAGUAGCCAUAAAAAUUAAGUUGUGUCAAAACUGCAGUACUCACCACAUCCAGGAUCAGUGUCCUUUGAGUUACCCCAAUUUUGUCAUAUCUGAUUCUAUUGAUUUGCCAAGUUGGGAAGAGAAAUUUCAAAGUCAAUUUGUCAAAUCUGAAAAAGAAGAUGAAGCAAAUAAAUUUGUUUUUGCUAAUGUUUCUUUACCCAGCUUUCUACAGUUUAUGGAGACGAAUACUGAACAUGGAUUGGGGGUGUGGGCAAUAGUCGACAUUCAGGAAUUCACUCAGUUUGGCCCCCUUGUUGGAAAAGUGGUCAAAGAAGUGGACAUUUCGGAAGAUUCUAAUAUGAGGGAUAUUUGGGAGAUUUGUGGUGAAAAUGGGAAUGUUUAUUUUAGUACCGAAAAUUUGGAAACAUCAAAUUGGAUGAGGUUUGUACGACCUGCGCCUACAAGAGAUGAUAAGAAUAUCACUGCGGUGACAAAGGAAAGUUCUCUCUAUUUUGUUAGUACAAAAGCGAUAAAAAACGGGGAGGAGUUGUUAUACUGGCAAGAUUCCACCAUUGCUAGUAGCAAGAAGAAAAUGGAAAAAACUUCUUGCGGGGGUUGUAAUAUGACUUUUGCUCAUCCCUUAUACUACCGAACGCAUUGCUCAGUAUUCCAUGAUGUUCGUUACAGCCUUACUAUUAGGAAGUACCAUUGUAAAGUAUGUGGCGCAGCAGUUUUAGGAAAAGAAAAUAUUAUGAAACAUGCGGCCGAGUUGCACAAUGGGCAGGGUGCUUAUCAGUGCCAAUUUUGUAAAAAGUUCUUUUUAAGACUGAAUUAUCUAGAAAUGCAUCGUACUUAUGGAUGUUCUGCUAACCCACACCGAUCUAGGCCUUUGUGUGACUUCUGUGGACGGAAAUUUUGUCAACCCCAAAAGUUGAAAGUUCACAUAAAAAGAAUGCAUAGUGAUUUCGCGGAGGUUUUGAAGGAGUUUCAGUGCAAAAACUGUCUGAAAAUCCUCGGUUCGAGAGCAGCCUUGCAAAGGCACUUGAAAGAAGUUCACCAGAAACAAAUGGACGGUGCUUGUUCUUGUUCCCGAUGUGGCAAACAUUUUCAAAAUAAAUCAAAUUUAAAAAUACAUAUGUUGACUCACAGUGGGAUCAAACCCUUCAAGUGUGUUGUGAAGAGUUGCAAUGCGGCAUUUACAACGAAACAGUGUCUACAGUUCCACUAUAAAAAAGUUCACAGUUUCAGCGAGGACGCCAUGCCUAAAAUUGAACGAAGCAUUGACUACACUUUCGAGGCCUACAGCGGAUUAGAGGACCAAGACGAUAAAAACAAAACAGAGUUGACAAAUACACAACAAAGUGAUUCAAAUGCGAAUCAUUUAGAGGAGGAGAGUGACGGCGAUGACACAAGUAUGGAUAGCAAAAAUGUGGAUGAUCCGUCAUUACCCAACUCGCCGAUGCAAACCACAGACGACCACUCUCCCGAACCUAACCCUAGGAACUCCCCAAAUUUAGAAUCCUACAACUUGAACAACGUAAAUGCAACAAUGAAAAUUCUAAGUAAAGGUUCCAAGAAAUGGAUUGGUGACCCACCCCUGCAGCCCCUCAAAUCCGACAUUUACCAAGAAAACUACGAUCGUACAAAACCCACGAAUCUUAACGAUUUCACACGACACGAGGCCUCAAACGCUAGUCUUCUAGUAGAAGCAGCUUUGGAUUCGGUUUGUAGUGAACCAAAUAUCGACAUCGACGUCAGUACAACACCGAAUUGCACCGAUGCUUUGGUUAAUAAUUUAUACACUUUGGCCCCUUCUGACACAUUACCCGACGUUACCUAUAGUGAGCCCCGUGACAUUAAUUUAAUUUCGCCCUCAGUCAAUGACCAUAUUUCCGUAACAGACGAACUGAACGAUGAGUUGAGACACAACCAGAACAUCGGAAUGGAUUAUUCCGGGUUCCAUCAGGAGGAUUUCAGUCCGGGGAACAGCCCGGAAAUGCACCCGAGAACUAACUUUGUCCGGAGUUAUAUCAACACUCUAUCGCCCCAAAACCAGAGUUUUGGGCCGAAAAACAUGUCCCCGGUUCCGGUGCCCAGCCCCCCACGAUACGAUUUCGGGCAUUCCGUCACCGCUGAUCACUUAUCUUCCGAUGAUAGCAAUGGAAUGGGGGCCCAAAAUUUAAGUUUACAUUCCAAACACGAUAUUCAAUUAGAUUUGUCGAUUUAUAAAACACCCAAUUUCCAAGAUCGGAAAGAUUUUAUGGAUAAAAGUAAAGUUUAUGACUUAGGGGUGGAUUCGACUAGUAAAAAUUACGUCGAAGAAAAUAACCCUCUAGAGAGUGAACAAGUCGAAGCGAUAAAUCAAGAAGAUAAAGGCAACGAACGUAAUAAAUACCCUGAUGAUCUCUCUACUGAUAUUAGAAGUAAGUUUGAUAUUGAUCUCGAUCUAAGACUUAAAAGUUACGACGUUGAGAGUGAAAAUUUAAGAUCGAGGGGGUUAUACGAGUCAAGCAACGAUUUAGAUUUUAGAAAUAAAAACUACGAUAUUAUUGAUAACAUUGAAAAUCGUAAGGCGUACGACAGUGCUAUAGACUCCGAGUUUCGCACCGAUCGUAACUUCGAACCUCUAGUUCUCAAUUCUUCGGAACUUCAAGGGCUAGAUAUGUCAGCACGAAGCUUCCACAACUACUCCAACAUCAACCGUUACCAUCAUUUAUACCCCGACGUGGAUCGAGUCGACUUAAGACUCAAUUAUAGCCCCCCAGCACCGCCAUACACCCAUGCUGAUAUUCUCCGAGUCGUGUCGCUGGAUUUAACCCCCCCAGGACGUCAUAGUGUCGAUUUGAGUUUACGUACACAUCCGUUACACCAAAUUGCGAACUCUCGAUUACUUUCCGAGCACACUCCUCAUCGUUUGCUCGAUCAGAGUCGAUUGUUGAGUUCUGAUCUGAGUGGUAGGAUUUUGUCUGAUCAUACGACUAAUCGAAUUUUGGCGAAUAAUGAUCUGUUGGGCGCUGAUCAGAGGUUAUUGGGGGAGGAAAGUAGAUUAAUUGGUGAUGGGAGGAUUUUGGCACCUACGACUCCAGGUGGGGCUGUGUCGCCAAUUCCGGCUUUUAGCGGGUAUUCGGUGUCUCAAAGUCCCUAUCAUCCUACACCUCUGGCUCCGAGACCUCAUGUCUCCUCCCCAACACCCACACCUUAUCAUCAUUACUCCACGUAUUAUUAAUAUGCAUGAGCAUACAGGUUGUCUCGUAUUUUACCACAAUUGUUCCUUUUGAAAUUCACUCUUUUGUUGCCUAUUUCACCCCAAAAACGCAGUUACGUGGUACAGUGCGAUCAAAAAAUAGGCGUUCUAGUUGAGGACGUAUGUUGCAUGGCAGUUCGUAUGUUAUCUACAUGUCAAAAAAUUAUUUUACAAAAAUUAAAACAUUAUUUAUUCUAUGAAA